CUUCGACAUACGUCCCGCCUUCCGGACUCUCGUUGGGCUUGUCUGUCUCCCGAUGGGUAGAUCCCCAUACGCCGCUCACGACAGUGGACGCGGUUGAGUUAGGAUGGCACCUCCGAGCGGAUCGGCGGCCUACAAGAAGAAAGAUGGCACCCUAACGAUGGCUCAGGACAGCCAGUCCAUUUCAUGGACACCGGCGGCUGGGGGGCCGGGGGCUAUCACACUGCCAAUUUCUCAGAUAACCAACUUGCAGCAAACCCCCGCGAGUAGCCAAAAAGUCAUGCUCAAGAUCUUUGUCGUCCCCGUCAACGCGCCGAAUGCCCCCGAACAAUACGUCUUCUCGUUCACAGCCGGCGACAACGCCCGUCCGGAAGCCGACGCCAUCAAAGAUGCGCUGAGCGCGGCAAUCCAAGCCGCCAAGUCGACCCAGAUGACCCCAGUCGCGACGCCCACACCGGCACCCGGAAACGGGGAGCCCGCCUCAACACCGGCGGUCGCGGUAACUGCGGCGCAGACGGGCGCGGGGCCGCACCCAUGGGACGACGACAAGCGGCUGAAGUGGGACGUGGAGCUGCAGCAGUCGCUGCUCCGGGCGGACCCGGCCCUGCAGCGCAUGUUCACGGAGCUGCUCAAGACCAAGCCAGAUAGCCUGACGGCGGGUCAGUUCAUGUCGCAGUUUUGGUCCGCACGGCUGCAUCUCCUGCGGGCGCAUGCCAUCGAGCGGGCGCAGACGCGGGGGUCGUACAACGUGCUAUCGACACUCAAGCCGCGGGUGGAGGACAACGUAACGAAGCUGAAUAUCAGCAAGGAGCAGAUCCAGCUGAUCUUCAACCAGCACCCGCUGGUGAAGCGCGUGUACGACGAGACCGUGCCCAAGCUGAGCGAGCAGCAGUUCUGGUCGCGCUUCUUCCAGAGCCGGCUGUUCAAGAAGCUGCGCGGAGAGCGCAUCUCGGAAACGGACGCGACCGACACCGUGCUGGACAAGUACCUCAAGGCAGACGAGUCGGGGAAUCUCCCGCGGGAGAUGCACGUGCCUCACUUCUUGGACCUGGGCGCCAACGACCAGGACCACAGCCAGCGACGCGGGAACCGCCCAGACAUCGACAUGCGGCCGUCGACGGUCGAAAAAGUCCCCAUCAUCCGGUCUCUCAACGCGCUCAGCGAGAAGAUCAUGGCCAACGUGGCGCCCGCAGACGGCGACCCGCACGCGCCGCGCGGCAUCGACGAAGAGACAUACAACCAACUCCAACUACGGGAUCUACGAGGCGACGAACCGCAAGACCGGAUCCGGCUCAACAUCCGCGACCAAAGCCGCUUCUUCUCCUCGCAGACCAACGACAGCGCAGACGCCCAAAGCCGGCUCUUCUCGCAGCAAGACCCAGAAAAGAUCCUCAACGACCUCCGCAUCGAAAUAGAAUACCACCUCCCAUCCGACGGCACCGCCCCACUCGGCAAGCUCGUCGAGCCCGACGACGACAACGAAGACGACCCUUCCACAAACGCCCCACCCCAAGUCGGCUCCCGCGCGAGCCUCCAGCGCGCGUCGGCGCAAAUCCUCACCGCGAUCCGCGAGCGACGCGCCCAGACAGAAGUAGGCAGCACGACCGACACUUACGGCCUGUCCACCGCGCUCUACGACCGAUUAACCCUAACACACGCUACGUCGACCGAAUUCCUCCACCAAUUCUGGCAGGCCUUCCUUUCUGGAAACCCAGACCGCGCUGGAGAAGUCGCCUCGCUAGCUGAAUCGCUGAACCGCGCACAAGAGCGCAUCUCGGCGGUCGCUAACGACGCCGAAGCGGAGCGCCAGGUCGAGGUUGACAAGCUCAAGCGGCAAGCGCGGGAGAUGCUCGAGGCGACGGGGCGACGCCGGCGCGUGAAUCUGGAGGGCGUGCCGGGGGGUGCUGGUGCUGUUAGGCAGUUGCUGGGGCCGACGGUGAGGGCGUUGGAGGCUGCGCUGGGGAAGUAUAAGAAGGCGUUGGCGGAGGAGAUGAAGAUGGUAGAGGAUAAUAAAUAA